UUAAACCAAUAGUAGUGUAACGAACAUUCAGUCAUCCCCACGUGCAGUACCUUGGAUAACAUUUGUAGUGUUUAGUUAGAGUAGUAGUAUUUAGAAAAUGAAGAUGGAUCCUGCUCAAAAUUCACCAAUUUCAACAAAUGGCAUCGAUGAUAUUCCAAAUGAUCCAGGGAAAAUGUUUAUUGGAGGAUUAAGUUGGCAGACAACGGCAGAAACCCUUAAAUCGCAUUUUGGUGUUUAUGGAGAAAUUAAAGAAGCUAUGGUUAUGAAGGACCCGACUACAAAACGUUCACGAGGGUUUGGUUUUGUAACGUUUCAGAAUCCGGAUGAUGUCGACAAGGUGCUAAAAGCAUGCCCACACGAAUUAGAUAACAAAGUGGUUGACCCUAAAGUUGCAUUCCCAAGAAAAGCACAGCCAAAGAUGGUUACAAGAACAAAGAAGAUAUUUGUUGGUGGUUUAUCAGCGUCUACAACAGUAGAAGAUGUCAAAAAUUUCUUCUCAGGAUUUGGCAAAAUUGAAGAUGCAAUGCUUAUGUUUGAUAAACAGACAAUGAGACAUCGAGGGUUUGGUUUUGUCACAUUUGAAGAUGAAGAUGUCGUUGAUAAAGUCUGUGAAAUUCACUUUCAUGAAAUUAACAAGAAAAUGGUCGAAUGCAAAAAAGCACAGCCAAAAGAAGUCAUGGUCCCAACCAACUUAGCAGCCCGAGGGCGGGGCAUAGCUCGUGUGACAGAAGAUGGCGAAAUUGUUUGGGAAAUACCAAGCGACAUGAUCGUGCCAGAGAUGUGUUUGCUACCUGGAACCAUCCCUGCAAUGUACUCUCCAUAUGGGCGUGGCUUCCCGACGCUGGCUCCUGCCGGAUAUUACUAUCCACCAGGCUUCCCUGGUUAUACAAGCUAUCUUGCUGCCCCAUCCCCUGCCGGUGACCGACAUGCUUCACCGACUGCCAUAUACGCUACUGAUCUUGGUGCUGCACAGACUAGUCAGCUGACCGGAUUACAGAUUCAGCGGAGCGAGCCGUCUCCCCAACCUAACAUGUCCUCUCCACUACAACGUGUUAGUGAACAGUUGAUUAAUGCACAGCGUGCACAACAAGGACUGUCAGCCAUGCUGAAUGGUUUUGGGCAAUCUGCCUUCCCUGCAACUACCUCACCAAGCCGUGGUUUACCCUUGGCUAACAGCCCUGGUCCACUAGACAUUUACAACAGUCAGGACAGUCUGUAUCUUCAAGCCACCAGUCCUCAGCCAACUCUCAGUCUAGGCCAUGGUUUAGCUGGCCACAGUUUAGCUGGACAGUUGAUAGCUACAAGUUUCCAGAAUGGAUAUUAGUUAACAAUGGUAGAGCAAAAUGAUCUUCAGGAGGUGUAAUAACACAAAAGAUCAUAAUGGCUGAAGGAAAAAUUGUCUCGAAGAAAUGGAUUGUUCUUAAACUGCAUUUAAAGGUCCUUCUUCAGACUAUAUUGUUUACAACUUUUAUUGCUUAUUAUUAUUAUUAUUACUAUUAUGGAUAUUUAUAUAUCAAUUCUUAUGGGUUAUUUGUUGCGAAAUAUUUUUAAAUGUUUGUUGAAUUACGCAAUUUUACCAAAAAACAAACUGUUGUAUUUUGUAUGUUCUAUGCAGUCAAAAUUUUACAUGUAGAAAACCAAAUUUCAACCCUCAUCCCAAAGUUGUAGAUUGGCUGUGGAAAUACCUAUAUCAUGUUUAUUCUAUCACAUUUUGAAAAUAUUUCCUGAAUCAAAGAUUAAUACGCAAAGAUUUUUUUUUUGCAUUUGUUUAAUUUUUAUCACAAGAACCAUUAAAAAGAUAGUAAUGUUUCUGUCAAAUCCGCUGAUGAAGUCCUGGAAUUUUUGUUUGAUCUAGGUAUUUUCACAGUAUUAGAAAGAAUUUAUAGGUUUGUAGUAUUUAUUUAAAUGUAGAAAUUUUUAUGUCUUAGGAAAAACAUGAAAUGUUUGCUACAAUUUUACAUGCAGUGACUAAUAAUUUAUGAUAUGUAAUUAAAACUAUUAAUAAUAUAGGCAUUAAUGUAAUUUCAAAACCUGUGAUAUGAUAAAUUUUGAAUUUAUAAAUUCUGAGUGCAUAGAUACUAAAGAAAAAAGAUCUGGGGAUGUAUGGUUAGUGAUAAAUGAUUGUACUUAAUUCAAAACGUAUAUCUAUUGUUUGAUGGAUGGGAGUCUUCAGUGAAGAAAAAUCCACAAAAAUGAAGAAUAAUCUAGUUGCCAUGACAAUAUUUUUGCAUUUUAUUUUUAGAGAUAUGCUUUUUGAAAUGACAAAUUAGAAUUUAAAAUUGUUAAUUCUCAGGACCCUUUUAUGAAAUCAGUUGAUACCAAAGAAAAAGGGAUCCUUAAAAACUUGGAUCAAAAUUUAAAUUGUUCUUGGUCUACCCAUCCAUUUUUCUCAUUGUCAUGGUAACUAGACUGAUAAUGGCUAGUUCAACAUGUUGUAUAUAAAGGUUGUAUAUUAUUUUUUCAUGUUAUAUUUUUCUUUUUAUUUGAUUAUUUACAUUUUAAUUGAAAAUGACGUUAUAAUUGUUUAUUUUUUUGCAUUCAUUCACUUUACAUUUAAAUACUGGGCAAUUUAUUUCAUUAAUUAAUUUUUUAAAUUGAUAUUUAAUUAAUAAAAAUAAAUACUUUUCCAUUUGAUUUAUUAGGCUUGCACAGAAAUUUCAUUUUAUUAUUUGUAAUUUUUAAUUAAGGUUAAUUUUAGGUUUAAAGAGAUUUCUAUUCCGUGAAAUUUUAAUGAUAUUUUUGUUUUAAGUUUAAACCAACAGAUAUUUUAAACAUUUUUAUCUCGGAAAUGAAUGUCCAGUAUAUAUAUAUUUCAUUCAAUAUUAGAAACCAUUAUCAUGUUUUAUCUUUCAUUUAUUUUUAAGUUAAAUAUAGUUUUAUCAACUAUUGGUAGUAUUUAUUCGUAGAACUUUUUUUUUUAUUCCCUUUCUUUUCAUAAUACAUUUAUUGUUUUUAUCGAAAUGUGAUAAAGUAACAAUUUUUAAAUGGGGUGUAAAAAUGGUUUGUUUACGAUAUUUGCAUGGUUUCGUAAAUGUAAAAUUAUAUGUGUGAAUGGUAGGGAUAUAUGUUUUUAUAGAUUUAGAUUCCCUAUAUACCUUUUAUAUAUUUUCUAAAAGUUUAAUUUUGUUAAAAUCUUUUAUUACCAAAUUUUUUAUUCUGCUUCAAUCAAACUUUAAACUACUUAAUUUUUUUUAAAUUCUAUCUCUGUUUUGAAAGGUUGAGGGUAUUGUUAAAUUUUAUAAUGGCAAUAAUUUAUUCCUGGAAUAGUGUUCAUUGGAAAAUAUUUCUUCUAACAUUGUGUUCAGAUUGCACUUUUUUCUCGAUUACCUUUUUAAAUUAAAAAUUAAAAAAAAAACAAUGCUGACCAAAAAUUCAUUAUUAGUAAAAGAGAAAAUAUUUUUUACCAACCCUAAAAAUUUCAGGAGUAAGGUCUACCAAAUAUAAAUUUCUUGAUAAUUCCCACAAGUCUUGAGUAAAUAUUUGACAUUUUGUAAAACAUUUGAAAUAUACAAAAAUACGGGGUCAAAAUCAGUAGACCAUAUCCAUUUGGCAAAUUGAGAAUUUUUGAAUGGCAAGGAUUUGUAUUAUUUGUUAUUUUUGACAUUGUACACUUCAUGUUCCAACUUUUUGCUAAUAGGAUUUACUGGUAUGCUACGCAUAAGAUAUUUGAAAGAACUAAGCUGGGUCUUGGUCAACAAAAGUUACAAUGAACAAAUGAAUGAAACUUCAGGUAUUUUUUUAUUGUUUGCAUGUUGGUUUAGAAAAGAGGCAAUACUUUACUGUUAUAGAAAUAAGUUCCAUUUCUUUUUGAAUGUCGUAUGAUCAGGAGAAAUUUGAAAAUAGAAGUUCAAAUUGUUUUUCUUACUUUAUGGACGCGAAAAGUAAAUUGAAUUGAUUUUUUUUUAAAAAGAGCAUGUAUUGAAUAAAGUCUUUUUGAAUAGAAAAAAAUGUUUAGUUCAAAAUUUUAGAAGUAAGCUCUUUAUAAAAAGUCUAAGUUAAUGUUAUGCAUUUAUCUUUGAAAUGUUUUUCUACAAUUUAAUUCACUUGGUUGUUUUUUAUUCGUUAAUUUUAUAAAAUAUACAAAUAACCAUCUAGAAAUGGUCUUGCAUGUUUUCUUAAACAAUAUUUCAUUUGUUAUUUGUAAUAUUUUUUUCACUGUUAUGGUGUAAAUAUUACAAUUACGCAGAAAAAAAUAGUGCUGUUAUUUUGGAAAACAAAUCUUUUUUUUACACAUUUUAUUGAAAAAAGGUGCUAAGCCAAUUACAAAUUUUCUAUCAGUUUGACAUUGAGGAAAAUCGGUUUAAUGUUUGAAGUUAAAAGCUGACAAUUACUUUUUCAAAUGAAUGAAUCUGUUUCACCAUGUGAACAGUUUUCUUGUAAAUACAUGUAAAAUUAAGGUUGUUUUCCUAUAUUUAGAAAAAUAUGUUAUUGUUUAUUAUACAUUUUUACAAAUUUUAUGGACAGUGUUAAUCUAUUUGUUACGAAAAUUUGGUCAGUUAGUUUCAAUAGAUCAGUGUGCACAAGUUCUACGCAUAUCAAAAGCUUUUGCUUUUUAUAUAAGAUUAGCAGUCCUGAUGUUGAUUUUUUGCUUGAUUGCUUUUGAUUAUUACUAUAUUUUUUUAAUUACUAUCUGCUUAAUUUUAAUUACUAGCAAUAAUUCAUUUUAAGAAUUUAAGAAGUUUGUAAUUGGAUAUUUUGUAAAAUUUUUAACAUGUCUGCAGUUUAAUUCCUUCUUUUGCAUCUUUAGUUUUACAGAAAAUAAUUUUGCAAUUUAAGAAAACCACGCAUUUGGAAACAACUUUAAUGGAUUGUGUAAAUUUUGUUUUUUGUCGACGUCUGUAAAUAUUAGCUUUAUCCAUGAAUGUGAUUUUUUUCUGUGUCAGCGUUUGCAUGAAAAGGCACAUAAAUAAAUAAGUAAACAGCCCCUAGUGCUAUAAUAAUAGUAAUAGUGUACAAAUAUAAAGAAUCAUCAGGGUCCAAAGUACAAAAAUAUGUCUCAGUCACAGAAGAAAGGGGUCUUCUCAAAAAUGUUAAUGUUUGCUAUAUAGUCAGAUUUUUUUUUUUGUUAUUUGAAUAAUAUUCAUCAUAAGAUCUGCAUCUCCAUAAUGUUUGGAGUGACUUUUUGGGCUUUCUUCAGUAGUUAGUUUCACAAACAAAAACAUUUUUGAGAUUUCCCCCUGCAUUACUAUCUGUGAUAACUAGGUUCUUAACCUGGUUUAGUUAGUAAAUAUGUAGUAGUUAGUAGGGUGUGUAUCGUGACAUGUGUAAAAUACCUUUGUUAAGUUAAAAAGAUAUCAAUAUUUCACCCAGAAAUUGUUUUCGUUUAUAUUUAUAUUCCUCGUGUAUUUGUCUUUGUACAUAAAAAGUUUUGAUCAAUGUAGAUUUUGAUAAGUCAUUCAUGCUUUCUGGCAGGUGAUAUCAACGCUAAACAUUUGACAAAAAUGAUGGGAACAUCUCAGAAUAUAAAAUGGUGCUGAUAUUUUGUCAAUAUAUAAUUUGAGGAUUGUAUUUAUAUAAAUAGAUUUUCAAUAGGAUAUUUAUACUAUUUAGUAUUUUACUAAAAUGCCAGUCACUGUUAGUUUGCUCUUUGGUCAAGCGUAAAAAUAGUAUAGAUUGCAUGACAAAAUUUGCAUGAUAAAAAAUUGGUUCUAGUCACAGGUUAUUUCUCGUAAAAAAUAGACUAAAAUAGGUAGCUUAAUUACCAUAAAAUAAUGUAAUAAUGUGUAAGCAUUUUUAACACAAAUGAAUUUUGAGAUGUUCCCCAUUAUUUUUUCAAGAAAGUGUGAUUGAGAAAAAUAUUUAAGGGACAUUCCUAUUUCUGGAAAUUGAGAAAAUGAGAAUAAGGACUUUGCUUAGAAAAUGGGAGUUAAAUGAUAACCAGCAAUAUUUUUUUUUAUCAAGCAAGGCAGAUUUUUGAAUUAUGAACUCAGGGAACACAUUUUUUUGUAUGAAUACAGCUCUUUCAAUUUUUUUGAUUGAGUUUAAUGUAUUCGGUGAAUAGAGUAGGCUUAGUGUAGGAAAAAGUUGGUGAAAAUAGUGAAAAAAAGUGUACAAAAGUAACUUUCAAGCAACUAAAGAUGAUUUCCAAAAAAGAAUAAUUAUCAAAACUGUAUUAAACUGAACGAAUAAUUUUUUUCUAGACUUAAAGUGUCUGUGAGAUUUUGUGCAAGCAUUUUGAACAUAAAUGAAUUUUGAGAUAUUCCCCUUUGUUAACAGGUUUGUUAACACAUGGUAAGAAUGAAAUAUUUUUGAUUACAAAAAAAUGGCAAUCAAUUUUGUUACUACAAAUCUUAAUCUUUGUCUUUCAUUUUAAAUUUCAGUUAAUUAGAAAAUGAUAAAACCUAUGGUCAAUGUAUUUUCAUUUUUCAAUUCAUGCAUUUUUCAGUAUUUUCACCAAUAGGUUUUAAUGUUAGCUACAUCAGUUUAAAAGAUCUAUAUCUAAUAUUAAUGAAUCUCUAUGGAUGUGUGUCCUGUAGCAAUUUCCAAUAAGGGUCUUUUUACAUGAAGCUGUUUCAGGAAGGCUUUUCAUGAUACUGUUAUCAAGUCAUAAAUAUUUUCAGGCUUUUUCAAAAAAAGUCAUCAAAAAGUUGAGGAAUCCUUAAGAAUUACGGUUAAAAAUUGAAAUGCAGACUAGGCAUUUUUCGAUGUCUACAUCGCGACCAAAUCAUGAAUCAAGUUGUGAUUGUUUCUGCAACACAGAUAAUAAAAAUGUUCAAAAUUAACUAGGCUUUACUGAAAUACUUCAUGAAAUAAUGCCCAGCUUAUUUAAUCAGUAGAAAAACAUAUAACCUUUUUAGAACGUUUGUUUCCUAACCCUGUAUAUGUAAUAUUAUAAUAACUGGUCCGUUUUUUCAUAUCCAGUUUUUUUGUGAAUUUUUUAUACAAGUAUUAUGUAUAUUUGUUUUUGUAUAAACUAAAUAUUUGUCUCAUCAUGUCGUCUGCAAUAAAUGCUGGAUUAUUGUUUACUCCCAUUUUCAAAAUGAUUGACACUUGUAAAUAAUUUUUGAAUUUGAUUGAAAUAUUUUUUUGGGGGGGACUUCUGAUCAUUCAAAUAAUUAUUAUGCAAAAUAGGUAAGGGUUUCUGAAACAUUUCUUCAUAAUAAAGAAAAUGUGUAGAUGUAAAAGUUAUUUAAACAGUUUUGGGCGUAAGUUAAUGUAAAAGGAUUUAAGGUAAAAGCAUCGUCCAAGUUCAACUUUUGUCUGUUCUCCAGUAAAUUCUAGUUUAGGCUUUUAAUUAGAGUAGCUAUUUAUUUGAAGAUGCAGCAUAUAUUAUUAUAAGGGUAUUUAUUUAUUUGAUACCAUGGCAACUUAAAACUUGUGCCAAAGAUGUUACUGUAUCCCUGUGUGAUGACAUAUCUGUGGUAACCAGAGAAGUGGCAAUAAUUGUAUGUGUGCCAUGUUUAAAACUAUACCAAAAACAACUUUAACCUUGACAAAGCCAAUAAAUUACUUAAUUAUUAAGAUACUUAAAACCAUCUUUUCUCAUCAUUAUGUCUGUAAAGUGUAUUUGUGAAAAAAAAGUUCAUUCAAAAAUUAAAGUAUAUUCAAAUUGA